UUACACCGGACCGGAAAGGAAGUGGACUAAAUAAUUAGAGAUUUAACUGAAUAGCAAGUUGAUGCGUAGAGUCAUAUCUCUUUGUAGCUCCACAUUCAUAUAUCAUUUACUUUCCUUCAUAGAAUAUUUACUGCCAUAUGUUAGUUGGGGUAGGGUUGUUACAGCGUGGCACAUGAGAGGAGUCUACAAAAAUUAAAGAAACAUACAGGAUAAACAUCAUUUCUCUUACCUUAGCUUAUUACUUAGUAUACAGAUCAAGUUCUUGAAUGCAAUUUGAUUUAUGGUUCUAAUAUUUUAAGUAAUGCGUACAAACUGCAGUAUUCCCAUCGGUACAUGAGGUCCUGUGGAGUUCACUAGCCAUGUGUUUUCGGAGAAAACUUGGAGCUCGAAUGUGGUACGCUGUGGAUCCUAAUUUAGUACAUCUGUGUGGAUAUUACACCGUCACUGAAGUCGGAGGGCACCGCUUCUGUGUGCGUGUUUAUUCCUUAAGAAUUCAUGAAGCCGAUUUCCUUUCUGAGGGUCAGUAUUUCUGACCCAUGCCGUGUCGCCGCAGCUCUUCAUGUUCUUCAAAGCGUUUGCAGCUUGCAUCAGGUCGAGAUAAGGAGUUUAUAGCUCGAGAAUUAAUAAAGGGAGGUGACAGGACGCGCGCUCAAAGGGUUACAACAGAGACGCCGUUCGGAAAAGCGUCUGUAAAACAUCUAACGAAAUGUGGCAGUGAUGAAGCAAUACACGUUCAUUGUCCAAGAAUAAAGGACUUUGGAGAAGUAGUAUCUGACACUGGGGAUGAAAUUGCAUGUUAACGCAUCAACUGGAUAAGAGAAGAGAGACUCACAUCAAUCGAAAGAAAUGCAAAAUCACCGACCUCGUUGUUCGCACGCAUGCUGUCACCUGCUGCAGUCAAUCUUAUCCGGAAGUUAAUUCUAGGAGUACAAGAGCAGAUUCAGAACACACACUUACCUUCGCGUACAACGUAACGUUUCAUCUGCGGUACGCCGCCUCAUUAUCGAAGGCUGGUCUGUGAUAUGAUCGCAUGUGGAAGAUUUUUAAUGAGAAAUCUACAUCAGGAUACGAAUGAAAAUGAUCGCGACUGGAAGACCUACAGAAGGACAAAAGUAACGUCAUGGGGCUGUUGUUUUGAUGACGAAAGUCGCCUUGGAAAAAGCAUAUCCAUACGAGUUAUGACGUCUGGGUCUGCGUGUCAAUCACCUAGGAUAUACUCUAAAGUCAGUAUGUGGCGAUGUUUAUGAUGUCUCUUACUAUAAACAUCUUCUUUACGAUUCUUAUUCUCAUUUAAACAUCGAUUCUGAGUUUAGGUGCAAAAAAUAUUAAUCGCGCAGUUUCUGACAUUUUUUCCCAUAAUUCAUUGUUGCCAUAGUGCUGUUGGACGGAGGGCACUCACACACAUAAUAAGCAAAGAUCCUUUUUGUUAAAUUCAGGAUCACAGUGUGUGGAGAUGGCUCUAGCAUCACAGCGGUUAGAAGCCACGCGGGGUCUAGUUCCGCUUCGCCAUUAUGUAUGCCUCCCCGGCGACCCAUUGUUGGCGGCGCGACCGGGUGCAGUAGUUGCUGUCCAAGGCGAGCUGAGUUUCCUGGAAGGGGCAUCAAACUCAGAGAAUGAGCGGGUCCUUGUUUCAGAAAUAUGUGCCGCGGCUGACCGCUGGUUUCAUCCAUUGAAUAAGCACGUACCUUGCUAUUCCAUGCGGUCCCCAGCCACGCGCCGCUACGUUUGCUGCGAGGGUGACCCUGUUGUUGCUACAAUUUUGCGUCGUGUGGGAUCGCAGUGCUACCAGUGCUAUAUUGAUGGACAUUACGUGGCGUAUCUAGAUACUUUGGCGUUUGAUGGUGCCACAAAAAAAAGCUACCCACGACUGGAGGAAGGUGAUAUUGUUUACGCUUACGUCAAACCACGCCCAGCUGGCAACCUGCUAGGGCACACCACCGUCAACAACCGUAUGUCAGUUGAGGAGAACUGUAGCACCCUUGUUGGCAAUUCUUCAGAAGUGCAGCUAUCCUGUGUGGCGGCCGAAGUCGGGCUCAUACCUAAUGACUGGACGUCUGGGAAGAGCGUGUUCGGUCCACUGCGAGGGGGGCGGGUCCUGACGCUGCCGCUGCCGUACGUCCGUGGCCUUGUGGCUGCAUCCCCUCUGGACUUGAUCCCUGCCUCUAACCUCAUUUCGGCUAUAGGGGCAAGGGUGCCAUUUAAGAUAUGCACAGGGGCUAACGGACGGGUGUGGGUCAAGGGAUUCCCCAGUGAAGCUGACCAAACUGCAGAGACACGCCGCACGGUCGCUGUUUGCGCCUGUCUGACGGAGGCUCAAUACGAUAACACUCGAGAAGAGAUAGAUGCGCGUGUUGAGGCCUUUUUCCCACAGUCAUGUUUCUCGUGAUAAUUUUGACAUCAGUAUGAAUCUUAAACGCAUCUUUUACUAAUUAUCUUUUUUCUGAACUACCCGGUGAGGUGAUUUUUUUU